UAAAACAUUAUUUUAUAUUACGUCAACAAAUACCCAACAAAGUAACACCAUAUAUCAACACCAAGAUUCAUUUCUAAACUUUCAAAAAUUGUGCUUUCUUUCUUCUCUCUCUUACACCACCCCAAGAUGGCUCCUUCUCCAUCUCCACACAUUGUCCUCUUAUUGAUUUCCCUCUUCAUUUUCUCUUUCGUACAUUCGUCGAUCGCUGAUGGCAGCGACGACGGCUACUACAACCCGAUGGACUCGUCAAACGGUCCCGAAAAUGUAACGGUUGAUCCUAGUGUUCAGUUUGAGAAUGAUCACCUUCGUAAAGCCUACAUUGCUCUCCAAGCGUGGAAAAACGCUAUGUUAUCGGACCCCUCCAAUUUCACUGGAAAUUGGGAGGGUCCUGAUGUGUGUUCGUAUAAUGGUGUCUUUUGUGCAAUACUACCUAAUACGACUUCUGACUCGUAUUAUGGUAGUACUUAUGAUAACACCCCAACCCGGGUUGUUGCCAGCGUGGACCUUAACCACGCUGACAUAGCCGGGUAUCUUCCCGACGAGCUCGGAUUAUUAUCCGAUCUCGCCGUGUUCCACAUCAACUCUAACCGGUUUUGUGGGACCGUCCCAAAAUCAUUUUGCUCAAUGUCACUACUAUUCGAGCUUGAUAUAAGUAACAACCGUUUCGUGGGUAAAUUCCCCCCGGCCCUCCUCAAUUUACCCUCAUUGAAGUAUUUAGACAUCCGGUUCAACGACUUCGAGGGGCCGAUCCCACCCGCCAUCUUCGACAAGCCACUCGACGCCCUCUUCAUCAACAACAACCGGUUCAAAUAUGGGAUCCCGAAAAACAUGGGUAAUUCCCCGGUAUCGGUUUUGGUCAUGGCUAACAACGAGCUAGGAGGGUGCAUUCCCUCUAGCAUUGGUGACAUGGGGUACACCUUAAAUGAGAUUAUAAUGUCUAAUGAUAAUCUCUCAGGAUGUUUACCCGAAGAAAUUGGUAACCUCAAACAUGUAACGGUAUUCGAUGUGAGUUACAACAACUUAUCCGGGUCAUUGCCACUUACCAUUAAUGGAAUGUCUAGUGUGGAGCAAUUAGAUGUGGGUUACAAUCAAUUUACUGGGGUUAUCCCAGAAGCUAUUUGCUUGCUUCCAAACCUCCAAAACUUUACAUACUCACAUAAUUACUUCUCUGGCGAUGCACCCUCGUGUACCGCCUUGGCCGGGGCCGGUAAGGUUAUCGAUGGAUCACAAAACUGUAUCAUUGGUGAGGCCAACCAAAGGUCCGCUGAGGAAUGUGCCUCACCUUUGGCUACACCCGUUGAUUGUUACUCCUUUGGUUGUAUUAAGAAGCCUGUGUAUACGCCUUCGCCAUCAUAUACUCCUACCUAUUCACCACCACCUUACACUCCUAGCUACUCACCAUCGCCGUCUUACACACCGUCGCCUUCGUACACACCACCACCAACUUCUUUUGGUGGAGCCUCGUCAGGAUCAUACUCACCGUCUCCGUCGUACACACCAUCACCAUCAUACCAACAGCCUACACCACCAACUUACACUCCUUCACCUGAUUACUACUACUCCUCACCUCCACCACCAUCAACACCGUCUUACAACACUCCUUCACCAUCGAGUUAUCCACCAUCAUCAUUACCCCCACCCCCACCACCCGCCUCAGGGUACACCCCUUCCCCUGCUUACUCAACACCCCCUCCUGUAGGAUACAAUAGUCCUUCAUACUCACCUUCGCCGUCUUACACACCACCAUCAACCACCCCUUCAUAUUCACCAUCAUACACUCCACCAUCAACAACCCCUUCAUAUAGUCCUCCAUCAAAUACCCCUACUUAUUCACCAUCGCCGUCUUACACUCCACCAUCAACCACCCCUACUUAUUCACCUUCGCCGUCAUACACUCCACCAUCAACCACCCCUUCACAGAGUCCACCAUCAAGUACCCUACAUAUUCACCAUCGCCGUCUUACACUCCACCAUCUACCACCCCUACCUAUUCACCUUCGCCGUCAUACACUCCACCAUCAACCACCCCUUCAUAUAGUCCACCAUCAAGCACCCCUACUUAUUCACCAUCGCCGUCAUAUAGUCCACCAUCAACCAUCCCUUCACGGAAUCCACCAUCAAGUACCCCUACAUAUUCACCAACACCGUCAUACAGUCCACCAUCAAACACUCCUACAUAUUCACCAACGCCGUCAUACACACCAUCAACACCAGAACACAACCAUAAUCAAUCUCCACCACCAAAAGGAAAAUGUCCAUCAGAACAAUCACCCCCACCAUCACACGGCGAAACACGAAUGCCACCAGUUUACGGUGUUUCAUACGGAUCACCACCACCUCCAAUCUUCCCAGGCUACUAAUUAACAACACCACCCCAUUAUCAUCAUAUCAUAUUUUGUAAUAUGUUAUAAUAUGUUCAUUAAUUAUUUCUUGGGGGUUCAUCAUUCAUCACAUUUUGUCAUAACAAUUCCUUCCAACGAUGUCAGGAAGUUCAAAAAAAAACUUGACAGAUUCUUUAAAUUAUACGUUUGUUUGUUUUUUUUUUUUUUUUUUUUAGUAAUAAUAUGUACUUUGUUAGAUUCAUUUAAUUUUACUUUUGUGCUCAUUUGUGUUAA